AUGUUUCUAAAGCAGCAGCAGCAGCAGCCAGUGGAGGCCGACUUCGUUGAUUGUCAAUCGACACCCAGAGCCGGGGGGCCUGUAGCUGGCACCACUUUCUACACGGUGCCUGUUCGAACUUUUGGCGUGGAACUUGGCGAGUAUUGGUAUCCGGGGGGCUCCAGAGGACCCGUGGCUUUCGUGGAGACCGAAAAGCUAGCAACCUUCCCGACGCGAUUCUGCGCAUCUGACUAUGCUGGCAGUUCCCACUCUUCUCCGCAGCCGACUGCUGUUGGCGUCUCUCGCGAGCGUUUAGACAGGGGAAGAUUUCUUGGCAAGCACGGAGAGAUGCCAACGCUGCCGCUCGACAGUAUUGCCUCAUGCGGAGUUCAUCGUAUACCCGAGUAUCGCUGGAUAGGAAAGUGGGCCGAACAGGUCGACGAUGGAGCUUCAGCGGUCAACAUCAGGAGGUUAUUCGAGGCUUCGUCGCCCAUCAUCGGCUUAGAUGCCAGAUUCCCUGGCGAUGGAGAUACUGCAGAGAGGUUCUACGACUUUUUGCUGGCGGGCCGCUCAGCGCGCAGCGAGAUACCCCCAGAGAGAUACAAUGCCGACGCGUUCUGGCAUCCGGACGGCAACAGAAGCGGCGCUACGAGGGCUCGAGCCGCACACUUCCUCAAGGGAAGCAUUUCUGCCUUUGAUGCACCGCUCUUCUCUAUUACGCCCACGGAGGCCGCUGCAAUGGACCCCCAGCAGCGAGGGAUACUCGAGAGCGUGUACAGAGCACUUGAGAAUGGCAAGUUUCCCUUGGCUGUUGUUGGAGGCUGCAACCUUAUCAUCUCCCCCGAGUUUGCACUACUACUUGACGCAGCCGGUGUUCUCGGCCCCGAUGGAAAGUCGUACAGUUUCGACCACCGCGGAAAUGGCUACUCGCGCGGGGAGGGUUUUGGGGUUGUUGUUCUCAAGCGACUGCCAGAUGCUCUUCGCGAUGGGGAUGUCAUCAGGGCUGUCAUCCGCAACUCGGGGUCCAACUCGGAUGGAAGAUCUCCAGGCAUCACUCAACCAACAAAGGCAGCCCAGGCAGCCUUGAUAAAGCAGGUAUACGCAAACGCGGGACUCGACCCAUCCGUCACACGCUUCUUUGAGGCGCACGGAACAGGCACUGCAGUUGGCGAUCCCAUAGAGGCAAGCGCAAUUGCCGAGGUCUUUGCAACUCACCGCUCUCACAAGUCCCCAUUGUGGGUGGGUGCAUUGAAAAGUAACAUAGGACACCUCGAAGGCGCCGCAGGUGUGGCCGCGGUGAUCAAGGGUGUCCUCACUCUCGAAAACGGUGUCAUCCCUCCCAACACCUGGUUUGAACGCAAGAACCCAAAGAUAUUGGAUUCCUGGAAUCUUCAGUUCCCAACAGAGCCCGUGGUCUGGCCGCAAACUGGACUUCGACGCAUGUCAAUAAAUUCAUUUGGCGUGGGAGGAUCCAAUGCUCACGUUGUCAUGGAUGACGCUUUACACUUUUUGCAGUCAUACGGUUUAGUUGGAAACCAUCGCACAGUCGCACUUCCAAGACUACCUGGGAGCUCUAGCUCUCGACGUGUCGUCUCCCAAGCUGAUUCUGGCGUCGAAUUCACGGACUCGGACUCGGAGCUCAAGACUCCAGAUGGCACACACUCACCAGACUCGACUGCCGAGCACUCAAAAGACAUGAAUUUCGACUCUAGCUGCACGAAUACAGACACGCUGCAGACAACGGACACCAAUAAACAGCCUAAGUUAUCGGCCAUAGCCUGCCCUGAGGUCUUGUCCUCAAGCCUUUCGCGCCUGGCUGUUUCUGAUGAAGAGGGGCGACAGUCGCAGAUCUUCGUCUUUUCUUCAUCUGAUAAAGAUGGUGUUUCGCGUGUUGUGAACGAACUAGCCGAUUAUCUGGCCAAAAAGGCAAAACAAUAUAAGCCAAACAUGCGGGAUCAGUCCAAAUUUCUCCGGGAUCUCAGCUACACCCUGGCUUGCAAAAGAACUCGUCACGCAUGGAGAUCUUUUGUCGUCGCCAAGACCCAAUCGUCGCUGUCCGCCCUGCUGCAAGCGAAGUCGCUGGCGACACGCGCUGCCAGCGAGCCGCAGCUCGCUUUUGUCUUUACUGGGCAAGGAGCCCAGUGGCCCACCAUGGGAAGAGGCCUGAUGGCAUAUCCUACGUUUCGAGAGAGCUUGCAUGAGGCAGAAGAAUAUAUGACGCAGACACUGAGGUGUCCCUGGUCACUCACAUACGAACUAUGCAAGGAAGCAGGAGCGUCGCGCAUUAAUGAUGCAGAAUUCAGCCAGCCAGUCUGCACUGCGCUCCAAGUGGCGCUAGUUGACCUGCUUCGAACAUGGAAAGUCAGGCCGCAUGCUGUUGUGGGACAUUCCUCGGGUGAAAUUGCCGCAGCCUAUGCUGCUGGGCAGCUUUCACGACAGUCAUCAUGGCGCAUUGCCUAUUACCGCGGCAAGCUAGCAACCAAGCUGAUUCGGUCCCUGAGGCGCCGAGAAAAUUCACAAGACGCGCAUGUGAAAAAGACUGGUAUGGUUGCGGUUGGUCUUGACAAGGAACAGACACUUGCAGCGAUCAGCAGGGUCGACAGCCUCGUCGGUGAGGGUUCACUGGAGAUUGCAUGCAUGAACAGCCAGGAAAGCCACACCGUGAGUGGUGAUAUGGCAAAGCUGGACGCGCUUGUUGAGGUGCUGAAGAGUGAAAACGUAUUUGCGAGGAAGCUGUCUGUUGGGAUAGGUUACCAUUCAAGGCAUAUGCUCCCGAUAGCAGAUGAGUAUGUUCGGCUCAUUGGUGACAUCGGCAGUGACUUGCCGCCCAGUCAGGGCCAGUCCCUGCCGCGAUACUUUUCCUCGCUGGAAGGGUCUGAAAUCACAUUAGAUCGUCUGCAGAGCCCAGACUACUGGGCGAAUAACCUAACCUCCCCGGUGCGGUUCCACGAAGCGGUUGAGCUCAUGCUACGGGCCGAUCUUGGCUGCAAUAGUCAGGGAGAAUCCUCAACAGUUGGCAAGAAGACUGUCACCGACUUAUUGGAGAUUGGCCCACACGCGGCUCUGAGAGGACCUAUACGAAGCAUAGUUAAGCAGGUGCACCAGACUGCAGAAUGGAAGAUAGGUUACGCCACGGUCCUCAAACGCGGCGAUGGCGCAAUCGAGAAUGCACUUGGGGCAGCGGGCUCACUCUUCUGUCGUGGGUUCGAUGUCGACUUGGCAGCGGUCAACCAACACCAGGUUGAAUCAUCACGACAGUCCAUCGCCCUGAACGGAGGCAAUAAUGUCUUGAUGCUGACCGACCUUCCCGGCUACCCAUUCAAUCACAAAAAGGAGUAUUGGGCCGAGUCAAGACUGAGCCGCAACUACCGCUUCAGAUCAGCGCCGCGUCACGAACUGCUGGGUGCCCCCGUCCCAGACUGGGACAAGAACGAUGCCGUGUGGCGCAACUAUAUCCGGAUCACUGAAAACCCAUGGGUGGAACAUCACAAGGUCUCUGGGGAAAUACUCUACCCCGCCGCAGGCAUGCUCGUCAUGGCGAUAGAGGCCAGCCGCCAGCUUGUGGACAAAGACCAGCAGGUAGCUGGCUUCAGGUUCAAAGACGUCUCCUUCCACCUCGCUCUGCUCAUCCCCACCAAUGAUGUAGGGGUCGAGACUCGGUUCCGACUGAGGUCUGUGUCCGCAGGCAAGUUAGCGGGCUGGAGCGAGUUCCAGCUGUCCACCAGUGAAAACGAUGACUGGAAGGAGCACUGCCGUGGCUUUGUGCGGACAGAAUAUUCGCAGACUGGCUCAAAUACCGAAUCCGACUCGUCAAGGCUGGUGCAUAGCCAGUGCGAACAGGAGAUUGUACAGGCCAAAAAGAGCUGCACAUCCAUGGUUCACGCCGACAAGGUCUAUCGCAAGCUGUCGAAUAUCGGGCUGGACUUUGGCACGACUUUCCGCACUCUCAAAGAUGUCAAGUUUGAUGGGACCUCGCGGAUUCUAGCACGAGCAGAGUCCCAGGUUUCUCACAUCAAGAAGUCGAUGCCGGCAGAAUACCUACAUUCGCAUCUGGUACACCCAAGCAUGUUGGAUGCGGUAUUACAAGCAAAUCUUAUACCCAUUGCCUUGGGUUCCUCCUCGAGAGAUUCUCUAGUGCCAGUCUUUGCUAGCGACUUUUGGGUGUCUGCAGCAACAAAAGAGGGGGUUGAUUUCCACAAUUCGGCAUACUUGAUAUCUUCACAUGCAAAGCUGACGCCCGGCACUGCAGAUGCGGAGGCGGCCUUGUUCGGUAUCCACGCCGAUACCGGCGAACCCCUGGUGACAUCGAGCGGGUUGGUAUUCAAGACAAUCCCCAAUACUGCGUCUUCUGGUCAAAGGAAUCAUCAUCGCCCUGCGCUCAACCUUGAUUGGAAACCGGAUCCAAAUUAUCUCACAGAGGAAGAUGCUCUUCGGAUGUUUGGAGCGCCCGCCAUAACGCAGUCGAGCGAUGAAGUGUCUGACGAUAUAGGAGAUUGCGAGAUACUUUGUCUCUUGUACAUCCGCAGGUUUCUGGCCUCGCUUGACGAUACGGUCGUCGAGAAAUUGGAUUGGCAUCACUUGCGCUACGUCUCGUGGAUGAGGCACGUCGUGCAGACCACGACUGUAAAGCCCGCCGUUGACAACAUAUCAGUCAUGGAGGCCCGGAUUGCAGCCGCGGGCACUCCUGAGGGGAAGUUGAUAAUGGCAGUGGGAAGGAACCUUGCGAACAUCCUCGUCACCGGGGAUGUCGACCCGCUCGACGUCAUCUUUGGCGACAAGGUCGCAGAGAACGUCUACCGCGAGGGGUUGGGGUCGCGCCGCUGCUACGCGCAAAUGUGUGCCUACCUCGACGCCCUUGCACAUGUCAACCCGUCCAUGAAGAUUCUAGAGGUCGGCGGAGGAACAGGCGGUGCCACCGGAUCCAUCAUGGAGACACUGAUGGCCAAUGGUGCCCGUCGGUUUGACCACUACGACUUUACAGACAUUUCACCCAGCUUCUUUGAGCAUGCCAAGGAGGCUUUCAAACAGACGGCUGAACACAUGAGCUUCCGUGUUCUCAAUAUUGAGAAAGAGCCGACUGACCAAGGGUACGAUGGCCAAAGCUACAACCUCGUCCUCGCAGCAAAUGUGCUCCACGCCACCAAAAGCAUGGAGAGGACGCUGGCGAACGUCAGGAAGCUUCUGAAGCCCGGCGGCAAGCUGAUCGUCUUUGAACUGACAAACCCAGCCGUCCUUCUCGGUGGCUUCUGCUUUGGCGUCCUGCCCGGCUGGUGGUUAUCCGACGAAGCAGAUCGAGAGUGGGGUCCGCUGAUGGUCGUCGACACCUGGAGGGCCUAUCUAGAGCGCGCGGGCUUCAGUGGUGUCGAUGCCGUGUUUGACGAUUUCCCUGAUGCGGCGCACCAGACCAGCUCGAUUUUGGUGUCGACUGCGCUGCCUGUGGCCGAUGCUAGCAAGCCGGUGACUGCUGUAGACAAUCUCACUCGCUACUGUGUUCUCAUGGGUGAACGGCCUUCUGUAUUUCAGAGGCAGGUUGCCGACGCGCUGCUACCAGCGCUGGCGCGGACAGGUUCUGUUGAGACGAGCACCAUUACCGCAAGUGCUGGUCGUGACUUGAAGGGUAGCUGCUGCAUUGUGCUCAGUGAGCUCGACUCGCCGACUCUGAUUGACAUGACUACAGAUGUGUUCGUCGCCUUGCAGGGUGUUCUGAACAGCUGCAGGCGCAUUAUCUGGUUGAGCCGCAGCGGAGACGACAUAGUCGCCGCUCCUGACCGCGAGCUGGUGACUGGCCUCGCAAGGGUGGUCAGGGCCGAGAGGGAACCCCCAUUCAGCUUUGUGACCGUUUCUUUUGCGGAAGCAGAGAGGUCAGAGACUAUUGUUGACAAGACCUUGCAGGUUUUGGACAGGGGCCAGGAGACUGCGGAAAAUUCCUUUAGGGUUUUCAACGGUGUUGUACACGUGCCGCGUCUCGUUGAGGCAGGUUACCUAACGGACCACAUCAGUGCUGAAGCAAACCCUACCUCGACGCAGGCUACGACGCAGGAAGUGAAGCUUGGGGCCGACCCGCGCGACUUUGUAGCCCAGGUCCAGUCUACUGGGUUGCUUCAGGGUGCUGGCACAGCUGAUGUCUGUUUUUCAGAGGACCAUUCCCGUCAACAGCCUCUUGCUGAUGACGAGGUUGAGUUCAAGGUCAUGGCCUGUGGUGUUGGUGCCCAUGAUGUUGCGGCAGAAGAUAGCGCAGCUGGAGAGAGUUCUUUGUCCGACAUGGGGAUACAAAUGGCUGGAUUUGUGACGCGGCUUGGGUCGACAGCAGCAUCCAAGUUUUCAGUCGGCGACAGAGUGACGGGCAUCUCUCUGGAGGGUGCCAUCAAGACUCGCGCCCGUACGCAAGCCGGGCUGCUCGCCAAGAUCAGCGACAAAUUGGCGUGGAACCAGGCGGCACAGAUACCGAUGGCGUACUUCACUGCAUGUGCCAUAAUUCAGUAUAUGGGGGUCGGAGACAGUGAUGACAUCCUGCUUGUACACAGAGCCGCUGCCAGUGCUGCUGGGCUGGCAGCCGUUCAGGUGGCUCGUAGCAACGGCGCCAAGAUCUUUGCCACGGUCGCCAACGCCCAAGAACGGACUGCUCUUCAGGGUGUUGGUGGACUUCUUACGGAUCAAAUACUGGAUCUUGAUCAGAAUACCACUCUGAGCACUAUCGUCAAAUCUAAGACCGGCAAUCGCGGAGUCAGCAUGAUUAUCGACUCACUCCCCCAGUCAGACGUUGACCAUGCCGCAAGCUUGGUCGACUGCCUGGCCCCCUUUGGAAGGUUUGUGAGUCUGGGCGACGGACCAAUGCCUGGCAUCAGCAGUCGUCGCAACAUUUGCCUGGAGAGGUUCAACGGUGCCGAGCUCAUGGCGCUCGACUAUGAAAAAGCACAGCGUAUAUUCCUCAGGGCAGCGCGGUUCAUUCUCGAUGAGCCGCUGGCUGCCAAUGCUCAAGUGCCAGUUUACAAGUUUUCCGAGGUCUCUGAAGCAUUUGCGCAGCUGGGCAAGGGUGAGGAUGCAGUUGUUCUCGAACCUCACGAUGAGGAUGUCGUCAAAGUGGUUACUAGCCAGCAAUCGCACACAGAUUUCACGUCUAGAUUUGACCCUGGCGCGUCUUAUAUGGUUGUUGGCGGACUAGGGGGUCUCGGAAGGUCUGUUUCGAGGUGGAUGGCUUCGAAGGGAGCGAAGAGCCUGGUGCUCGUCUCCAGGAAAGGGGCAGUGACCCCUGAAGCGCAGGUAUUGGUUGCGGAGCUUCAGGAUUUGGGAGUCAAAGUCACCACUCCAGCCUGCGAUGCGACUGACAAAAUGGCAUUGAGACGUGCUUUGGAUCAGUGUGUAGCACAUAUGCCGCCCAUCAAAGGCGUUAUACAAUGCUCAAUGGUCUUGAAGGACAAACGAUUCUUUGAAAUGUCACUGGAGGAAUGGAACACCGCCAUCAGACCCAAGGUGGAUGUUUCGGUGAACCUUCACGAUGCUCUCGACACAGCGAGCUUGGACUUCUUCAUCAUGCUCUCUUCGACUGUCGGCUUGACAGGAAGUGUAGAGCAAGCCAACUACGCAGCAGGGGGGACCUUUCAAGACGCGUUUGCACGCAGCCUGGCCGCAUCCCAGACAGCCUCCAGCGGACCCGUUGCCGUAUCUCUAGACCUGCCCGUGAUUCUCGACGUCGGCUUUGUGGCCGAAAAGCCUGAGCUGAUGGACCAGCUCAGAGCUGCGGGAUGGGCCUACAUGGAAGAAGAAGAGUUCCACGCCGCGCUCGGCUAUCACUGCUUCCAGAGGAGACAAUUAGACCUACCUACAUCCGUCCUCAGAGCACAAGUCGCCCCACGCCUCUGGCUGGCCCAAGACACAGCCGACGAGGGCACCGAGCCGCCAGCGUGGGUGCGCGAUCCGCUCUUCAGCCACCUGCGGCCUCAGUCAAGUGAAACUACAGGCAACGGCGCCGCCGGCGGCGAGGCGGGCAAGAAGGAGAUGAAGCACACAGCGCUGCUCGCGGCGGCGACGUCGGCGGCCGAAGCCCAGGCGGUGGUGCUCGACGCGCUCCUGGCCAAGCUCUCGCGCGUGCUCAGCGUCGAGCUCUCCGAUCUGGACCCGGCGUGCCCGCUCUCCCGGUACGGCGUGGAUUCGCUGGUCGCCGUGAGCCUGCGGGCCUGGAUCGGCAAGGAGCUGGGCGCGGAGCUGUCCGUGUUUGAGAUGACGGACAAGCCGAGCAUACGUGCGCUCGCGGCUGCGGUUGCGGGGAGGAGUCGGUUGGUGUCCAAGGCUUUGUCGUAA